GGACUGUCGCUUUAAGAGGCAUUUAGUUGCGCAGAGGCGCAACAGCAGAGCGUCACAUGAUUCUUCUCUUGUGACAAACCAGACAGAAAGGAAAAGCCAGAGUUCAACGUAGUUUCUGGGCGUUGUGACGCCUCUAAACUGUGUUUCUAGUGCCAAAGGACCAACUGUGUGGAGCGAAAUGGAGCUAAGUUAACCAAUAGACUCAGUAAUUACAUUCCGGACUUGAGAGUGGACAUUUGGAGAAGAUUGGUUGUUUUUUUUCCGUCGCAGCAACAGACAAAGUUGGCGCAUGGAAAGAGACGAAGUUUUCCAUUUUCGUUGCGUUUGUUGUUUGUUCCUGUCGUCUCUGCGUUACUUGUUGCAUCAAAGACCAAAUUUCACAUUGUGUUCUAGUCAGUUGGUUGAUUUUUCCAGUUAAGUGCAGUUUGGAUCAGGAGACAACUUCCAUCGCACAGCUGAGAUGGUGGACAGUAAACCUCUGCUCCAAGACAGACCCCCCGCCUAUAACGCUGUCCCAGGGGUCUACGAGUAUGGCCCCCCACCACAGCAGAGCUACGGGGCCAUUCCUCCCGCCAUCCCUCCGCCGUACCAGUAUCCCGAGGGGGGCCAAGGGUACCCCACGACCCAGGCAGCCCCUGCUGUGUCUCAGCAGCCCUACACUGGGACCUACGCCAUUAUUCAGCCUUCAGUGGUGGUGGUAGGCGGCUGUCCGGCCUGCAGAGUGGGCGUACUGGAAGAUGAUUUCACAUGCCUGGGCAUCCUGUGUGCCAUCUUCUUCUUUCCCCUGGGGAUCCUGUUCUGCUUUGCACUACGCCAGAGAAGGUGCCCCAAUUGUGGGGCCACUUUUGGUUAGGGGGACCAAAUUAUUUCUAACACGCUUUUGCUCAUGUUUCAAUCCACACAGUUCAAUGUGUCUUCAUUUUGUAAUCUCCAUGCUUAGCUGCCAAUGUUAUUUACAACAUAUCAUAAUGAAUUAUAACAUUUUGAGCAUUUUAUGGUAUAUUCAUUUGCUAGAGAUUACAUCUAGCAGUGCCUUCAUGUCCUGCAGAUCAUUAUCAGAAAUUCCACUUGUUGCCAAUUGGUUUGUCGGUUUAGUUUAGUUUAGGUUGAACAGAUUACACUUGUUGUACAUCAUAUACCUAUUAUUUUGGUAAAUGUUUAUUUCAUUUUGUGCUGUCUUUACUGUAUUGAGUUUUGUCUUAAUUACAGUUUGCCACUGAAUUAUUUUCAAAAGGCUAACAUAUAUAGCAAAAGAUUAUCUUUGUAUAGGGACUUUCCUGAAUGAUAGGAUUUACAGGAAUACCAUUUAUAAAUUGUGUAAAUAUUUGUAUAUUUUUAUUGUUCUAGGGGGCCAUAUUUGCACUGAUCAUUUGACAAAUAAUCUGCUAGAUUGUGCUUUUCCAGGGCCAAUGCAGACCUCAGGAACAUACAAUCUGACAAGCUCUCAACUUCUACAGCCAAUCACUGUUGGACAUUUUCUUAAGAAUGCAAUUUCUAAGUGGAGCCUCAUGUGAGGUGUUCAGAAUCACUGCAUGUGAAUUAUGUGGAAUUUUUUCUAAUCAGACAAUCAACAGAGAGUCUGUCCCUGUGUUUGCAUUUUUUCUGUAGUCAGUGUCUUCCAUCAUUAUGAAAUAUUAUGAAGCUGUCUAGAUAUGGGGAGGGCAAGAAUUGUAACUCUUAGAGCACUGCACUUGCCAUUGAAAAUUUUAUAUACAACUCACUGUAAUUAAAGUAUGCUGUUCAAAUUGUUUGUCUUACUUUAGAGUAAAACAAUUGAUGUGUUCAGUGAAAUUCCAUCAGUUCAAUCACAAUUUCAUACAUGUAUAGAAAGUGGAGGAGACAAUGCAGAAAUAAAUCUUUAUUCUUAUAUGCAAUAUUGGGCUUAGACCUGAAAGGUGCAUGUCCUGGUAAUAAAACACCAUGUGUAAUAAUUAAAGCUAAAAUAAUUGCA